AUGGGAUGUGUGUGUGAAAAAUCGAAACGAGUGCAACCUGAACCUGCAUAAAUAGAAGUUCAUCCCUGUGAAACAGCUCAACCUUAAUCUCAAAAUGUCAAAUAAACCUCUCUCAAGCAACUAAAAAUACCUUAAAAGAAGAAGAAAGUAAGAGAAACUCAGAAACUGGUCAAGAGCACUAAUGAAGAGGGAGUGAAAAUGAUUAACGAUUACAUUUUUGAUGAAUUCCUUGGAGAAGGAGCAUUUGGUAAAGUCAAGUUGGCAUUCAAAAGAUCAAGUGGACAGAAAUAUGCUAUUAAAAUAAUGAGGAAGAGUAAACUGAAACGAUAGAGAGAGUAUAUUAAGGAUGCAAAGGGAAAUAUGGUGAUUAAGGAUGCACUCUAAGAUGUAAGGAGAGAAAUAGCCAUCAUGAAGAAACUCAGACAUAAGAACUUAAUUCAGUUGUUUGAAGUCAUUGACAAUCCAAACAAUGAUAAACUAUUUAUGGUCUUGGAGUAUGCUGAGGGUGGACAAGUGAUUGAAUGGGAUGACGAUGAAUGCAAGUUUUAUUUGGUCAAUGAGUCAGUUGUACUUGAUGAACCAUUACUCAAUUAGAUAUUUCGUGAUUGUAUCAAGGGUCUCAAUUAUUGUAACAUGCAUAAGAAUGGUGUAGUUCAUAGGGACUUAAAACCAUAGAAUGUUCUCUUGACUAAUAAUAAAACUGCUAAAAUUGCUGAUUUUGGAGUUUCUACUAUGGUUGGCAGUAAAAAUGAUGUAUUGGACAAUACUCAAGGAACCUACUAUUUCAUGCCUCCUGAAGCAUGCGAUAAAGAUAGAGUGAAAGAUGGUUACUCUGGUAAAUCAGCUGAUAUUUGGGCAUUGGGAAUUACUUUUUUUGCCUUUGCUUAUUUAGAUGUUCCAUUUACAGGUUCAUCUAUUCCUGAUAUCCUUAAUAAUAUUGCACAUAAUGAAAUUACAUUUCCGUAAAGAGCUGAUAUUAGUGAUGGCUUAAAAGAAUUUCUACAAUUCAUCUUAUAAAAAGACCCUAAGAAUAGACCAAAGAUACCAGAGAUAGCCAAACAUCCAUGGUUGAAUGCUUAAAAUAUGAAUUUAUGGGAUGAAAUAAAUAAAGAAGAGUAAACAGAUAUGGAGAUCGCGUAAACAGAUAUAGAUAAUGCUUAUUCAUUGAGUUCGAUAAUGAUGAUAAAAAAUUGGGCAUUUAAAUGGAGAACCACCUCCAAUCUAAAAAAGAUGUCGAAUAUCCAAUAAACACAACCAUAACAAAUCAAUUCAGAAUAGAUAAUUAAAUGA